GACUAGAGAGAGUCUCAUUCUGACCUGGCCCGUGCGUCGAGUCGGCAGCAGGCGAUUCGAGUCUCUCGACACAAGAGCACGUGAGCUGUUGGCUCUUUUCGAGCUGCUUCUCUCCACACUCGUUUGAAUCCCCCCAUCCAUUUAGCCCUUACACUGGGCCGGCUCUUUUAUUUAUUUUUUUUACUAUCUCUAUCACUUUAUUAGUUUUCUCUCUCUCUCGCUCUUUUUUAAGAAAAGAAACGCGGGUGGUGACCGCUGGUGCAUCCCCAGAGAUUGUUAUCUCAACUUCAUCUUGUGACGGGGGGAGUUAAUCGUUCGAAUUGGUGGUUUUUCGUUACACAACAAAUUACGCCGCCUUCCCCCCUCCGUUCAUAAUCGAGAACCCCGAAAAAAACAAAAAACACUCGACUACUCGAUUACACAAGACUUUUGACUGCGCGGAAAAAUUUGUUUCGUUUUUUUGAACUUUGAUCCCCUCCCCAGCAGCAGAGCGCAGAAAUCUUCGGGUUGCCCCGAUCCGAUUCCGUCACCGUUCGUCUUGUCAAGAAGGUGCCGGGACCCCAAGUCAAGUGGUUUUCUCGUGUAUCUGUGCGUGUGGAUGUGUGUGUGGAUGUGUUAGUGGCUGCUGUGUUUUAAAAAAAGAAAAAUAUUCGAAAGAAUAAAAGAUAAAAAAGCUCGGAUCGCGACCGGUUGCGGGAAAACUGGACACAACAUCUCUGACCUCGGACCGGACUUUCAAGAUCACGAAUAUUCCACAUUGCUCGGUAGAAACCGAGACAUUGUGAAUUUCGGUUUCAUUAUACACAACCAACUCGCGCCAACUCAAAUAACUACAAUCAUGGCAGUUGGCAUCAAUUGAAUAAGCGCCAGGUGGACGACGACAGCAGUAAGACCAUCAACUGGACGUGGCUGCAGAUCGAGUGCGCCGACACGAUACGCAGCGUCAUGGAUUCGCGCAUCGGGCUCGACUACAUCGUCGAGAACCGCGAGUAUGUGGCCAAAUUGGCCUCGGCCCUCGACACGGCCAACACCACCGUCAAGAAACAAGUCUUCGAGCUCCUCUCGGCCCUCUGCGUCUACAAUGCCGACGGCUACUCCCGCACGCUCGAUGCUCUCGAGCACUUCAAGAACCUCAAAGGUGAUCGUUACCGUUUCGCCGUUGUGGUGCGGGAGCUGCGCGACGCCCCGACAGUCGAGUACAAGACAGCUCUGGUGGCAUUCAUCAACUGCAUCAUCAUCUCGACUCCACAGCUCAAGGAUCGCCUCCGCAUCCGCAACGAGUUCGUCGGCCUCAAACUUCUGGCAACGCUCAACGAGCUGAAAAACGAGGCGGCCUCCGACACCGAUCUGGCGGUCCAGAUUGACGUCUUCGACGAGCAGCGGGAGAGCGACGAAUCUCAAUUGCAAGGUCCUGACGGAGUGGACUUGAGUUCUCACUUGGAUGUUUUCCACGCCAUCCUGCGCCAGGUGGUGGACACACCCCAGGAGAUCCCGUUCCUGUCCAUUUUGCAGCAUCUGCUCAGGAUCGACCCCAAGGAAGCCGUUUCCGAUGUGGUGUGGGACACGGCGGAAACGCUGGUCCAUCGAGCCUCCCUGAUGGAGUCGAAGGAAGAGCUGACGCGCCUGUUACGCAGUCCGUCCCACGCUAAAAUGUCGCACCGUGACGAACCCGGCAGUGGUAGCAAGUCACGCAAGCAGUCGCUCAACCUGACCCUAUCACCGGCGGGUGAUGGCAGCCGGACCCCCGCUGGACUCCUGUCGCCGAUGAAUGGGCCGCCACCUCCUCCACCUCCGCCACCACCUCCAGGUGGAAUUCCGCAUCCGCCUCCUCCGCCGCCUCCAGGUUGCGGUCCACCACCUCCUCCGCCUCCGCCACUCUUGCCCGGCUCGGCUGGUCCUCCGCCACCACCCCCUCCGGGUCUAGGAGGUCUGACUCCACCCGCACCGCCCGCUCCGGCCGUUCAUCCGGAUUUGAAGGACUUGCGCUUACCACAAUUAGAUAUUCCUCGACCCAAAGCCAAGAUGAAGACGCUCAACUGGGUCAAGUUGCCAGACAUCAAGAUUUUCAGCCGUUCGAAUAUUUGGACAACUGUGGCCAAGUCACACCAGAAAUCGCCCAUGGCCGAUUUGGACUGGGCGGAGAUGGAGGGCCUGUUUUGCCAGCAGCCAGCGCCGGGAACUCCGUCAUCAGGUGGAGUCAAAGGAUUGGCCAACGGAACGCCCAACGGUAGCCUCCUGGGUACUCCCAACACUCCGGACACGGAGCGUAGGCGCAAGGAGACGACCGAAGUGUCUCUGCUGGACGGCAAACGGAGUCUCAACAUCAACAUCUUUUUGAAGCAAUUCCGGUCGACCAAUGCGGAAAUUGCCCAGAUGAUCCGCGACGGAGAACACGACGACAUCGGGACGGAGAAACUGCGCGGACUCCUCAAGAUCCUUCCGCCCACCGACGAGGUGGAGAUGCUCCGCGCCUACGACGGCGACCGCAAUCGACUGGGCAACGCCGAGAAAUUUCUGCUGCUCCAUUUGAUGACGAUCCCCAACUACCGUCUAAGGAUCGAGUCCAUGUUGCUCAAGGAGGAGUUCAACUCUCAGAUCAACUACCUCGGACCGAGCAUCGACGCCAUGAUCAUGGCCGGUGAAAAGCUCAAGGGCAACAAACAUCUCCAAGACAUCCUCUACAUGGUCGUCGUGGCCGGAAACUUCCUGAAUUCGGGCGGCUAUGCGGGAAACGCUGGCGGAGUCAAACUGGCCUCUCUGCAGAAGCUUGCCGACAUCCGAGCCAACAAGCCGGGCAUGAAUUUGAUCCACUUUGUGGCCCUGCAGGCCGAGAAAAAGGACAAGGAAUUGCUCAAAAUGCCGGAAGAGAUGAGCGUCUUGGAAGAUGCCACCAAGACGACGGUCGAGCAAUUGCGUAACGAGGUCAACGCAUUGGACCUCCGCAUCACCAACAUCGCCAAACAGAUUGAUGCUCCCAACACGCCGCCCGAUAUCAAGAACCAGAUGGAGGAAUUCCUCCGCAGUGCCAAGGACGAAAUGGCAGACCUCCAGAAGGAUUUAUUGGAACUGGAUGAAGUGAGGACGGAGCUGGCCGAUUUCUUCUGCGAGGAUCGCGAUUCAUUUAAACUCGAAGAAUGCUUCAAACUUUUCCUAAACUUCUGCCAGCGCUUCCGGACUGGCGUUUUGGAAAAUGAACACCGACGACAACAUGAAGCUGCGGCUGAAAAUCGCCGUCGGCAACGUGAAGAGCAACUGGCCCUGAAACGCCGUCAAAGCGCCGGUGGACCGCAAGGUAGCACCGGAGACAACGAUUCCGAAAACGUCAUGGAUUCCCUCCUGCUGGACAUUCGUUGCGGCUUUCCUAUGCGCGACAAGUUCCGCAAAGGUAAGAAAGCAUCGAUCGACCCGUCCGUCGAGGAUGAUAAUGCGUCUCCUUUAGUUCUGGCCGUCGCCAGCUCUCCUCGGGUCAGCCGUAAACGGCUCGGCUCCAACACCGUCGUCACGGUGCCCAGCAGCAACGACGCCAGCCGACAAGACGACAGCCUUCUGGAGGACCUGACGCCCAACGGGAGUCUGCGACGACGUCGAAGCCGCGUACCUUCGGAGGAAGACGACACGCUGAUGGAUUACCUAAGGACGUCGGGUCACGCUGACGGGUCCCGCGAGCGCAAAUCAACCGGCAACAUACCCGACGGAUACGGAUCGCUGGAUCGUUCUUGGUAUCGUAAUCGAACCCGAGCCAGCGGCGGACCCGGCCAGAAGAAGCGGCCAGAUCUGAUGAGCGCCGACUUUACGGGAGGCGGAGGAACUUUGGCUCCGUCACCGUUGGCAGCCCCUCCACCUGUCCAAGACAACAGCGGACCGAGCACGCUGGAGCCGCUGCCGGAGACGACUCUCAUCGAGAGCCGGAGGUCACCCAGGCGAGACUGGAAGCCGCCGUUGGAGAACACGGACGUGGUCGGAGUCAUGGAAGCCAUCGAAGAUGCUUCAACUCGGGAAAAAUCGGCCUGGCAGCGAAAAUCGGCAUUGCCUGGCACUGCUAGCACGGCAACUGACAACCCCCUGGAUGGCCGAAAUCGCUUCCGCCGUAUGAGGUCACGACUUCAACCGGAAGAAACUGAUCGGCCGACAACUCCAGCAACGCCCAUAGUUCCAUCUACUCCGGUUCAACCGGAUAGUGAAGUGGAGCGGAGGAAAGCCAUGAUAGGAUCGUUGGGCAGGCAACCGACUGAAGAUAAACUGACUAUUUACAUCAAACAAGACAGUGAGCCUCAUGUCAAAGAAAUGCUGCCCACGCUGGUCGAACAGAGUCCGGUCACCACGAGACGAAGGAGCGAUCAAGGGCUGUCAACUCCGAUUGAAGGAUCGGGAACGGCUUCGCGUCUACUCAAUCGCUACCGACAACAGACGCCACUAGACGUGCCCAAUGACCUUCUGCGAACCAUUGAAGAAGUCGAUCGCACUCCCAAGAGUCCUGUCGAGACGUCGGAAACUUACGACCGGUCACCCGGUCCGUUGACCGGAACCACACCGCCCGCCACGAUCCUAUCGGCUGCUGAACGGGAGAAGAAGCGUUAUCAACGCACUAUGACUCCCAACACGUUGCGAUCAAAACUCCAGGAGAAACUGAUUAGCGGUUUCGAUACCAACGAACUGGCUGGAACAAUCGCAUCCAUUCAAAUCACGCCGGAAAAGCAGACGGCCGAAAAGAACAACAAUCCCAACACGUCGUCGUCUAAAACACCGGUAGAUGGUGACUCUAGUGGAACUGGGGAGAGCGAAACUUCGCUUCCGCCCAUUCAGCCGGGACCGCGAAAGCCGCGACGCUUGUCACGCGGAGGCCUCAGCGGAGAAGACGGACCGACGGAUAAGAUUGACAUCGAUUCGGAGAACAUUGAAACACCUCCCGUGACGAGACGCGCUUACGGAUCGCGUCCGUUCGUUGCAAGUUCCGGAACAACUUCGACUUCGACUGGCACAUCCGAAGUCUCCGGUUCGCCGUCGACCGGAACUUCGUCUUCCAAAAACGGCCGAACUUCCAUGAAAGCUGAAGACGACGAAUUGGGUGAUGGUAAUUUCGAUCGCUACUCAUCCGUCCGUCGCACCCGUCGACUCCGCAAGGCGCCAGAGGGAGCGGAAGAGGACUCUACCAGUUUGGAACCCCGUAAAUCGCCCGAAGGUGUCGAGGAUCCGGAAGACCUUUCGCAAACAGACGUCAUCGUGGGCAUGGAAGUGAAAAAGGAAGGAGAAGUGAGCACGGUUGAAGUGACGCGCCGGAUGAGCGAGGAGCGUGAUCUUCAGCCGCACGCAGGAAUCGGCAACAACAACAACAACAACAACAACCACGGAAUGGCCGUGAGUAACGAAGACAAGGAACGGCGGCUGCAGCGCUGGAAGGAUAAGUUAGGACCGCGGGACGAAGCAGAAACGGCCGUUAUGACGGCCAGCGGCGCAAGCGCCAUCAAGGUCCGCCGCGAUCGACCCUCUCGCACCAACGAAGCCGAACCACCGCAAGCAGCAGUCCAGCAGCAAGAGCCUGUCCGAUCGUUCACCGAACCAACGACAACAUCAUCGACGGAAGAUAACUGGCGCACUCGGCUGGCCAGACAAUUCCGGGCCGCUGACAAACUCGAUUCUUCUUCCAUCAAAGAAGACGAUCCGUCCACCCUGCGUGCCAAAUCCCGCUCCAGAUCUUCCAGCCCACUGAAGGAUGAGACGCAAGGCUCCCGUCUGGCCUUAUCGCAUUUGCGGGAUUCGCCGCCAAGAAAAGCCGAUUCCGUCUUUUCCAGGUUGGCACAGGGAUCCGGAAUGCGUGGAACGAGCAGUGCGGCCAACAACCGAACGUCAACUGAUACCCAGCAGCCGAAACAAAGGCGCAGCCUGUUUGGAGAUUCCACUCGUGACAGUUUCACGAAAACUUUGUCGAAGAAAUUCGAAAGCCCCGCCAAGCGGCCGGAGGAAAAUGGAACGAGUUCAUUGCUGAGACGUUCUUCAUCCAUCCGGACGGCUGAUCGUCCCCGUUCGACAUUCUUCUCUCCGAUCAGCAGCGAACCAACGGUUCCGGAAAUGAGAGAGAGGACCAUGACGUUGGGCAGGUCAUCCAGCUUCCGUGUUGGGAAUCGCACCCCAGGUGCCGGCUCGUCCACCCCGUCCACCGCCACGUCGACGACCGAAAAGAAAACAGGCUCGGGUUACACUUCGUCUCUAAUGAAUUGGCGUCCAUUCCGCAAGAGCCGCGAUGAGAAUGCCGAUCCGGAACCCUCCAGCCGGAAGUCGUCGAUGAGCUCAACCAUGACCAAUCGACCGAUCGGCGCCAGCAGCACGAGAUCGUCUAAUUUAGGAACGAGCAACAGCAGCCUGAAACGGUCCACCUCGUCCGUCGCAUCACUAACACCCCUGCGGGGAGGCGGUUAUGUCCCUGGCGGAAUGUCUUCCACUUUAUCCAGCGCCCAAAGGAACGGCCCAUCAAGUACAUCCUUGAUGCGAACAGGUUCGGUCAAAACGGCAGCUGCCCCGGUAAACGGCCGGACAACAUCAUUCCUCAAAGUGGCAGUUCCAAGUUCUCCCGCUCCGGUCCGUCGCAGCACGGGGUCCAGCUUCAUGCGACCGACCGCGUCGAGCGUGGCCAAGGAUAAAGACCUGCUCGGUCCCGUUCUGGUCAAGAGCAGCAUCCGCCCGACAGCCGCUACAACCUCCGUCGCUCAACGUCCCAAACUGUUCUGAGCUCCUCCCCCCCCUUUCUACGAUUUUUCUCUCUCUCUGUCUCUCUCUCCAUUUAAUUUAUUUUUAUUUUUUCGCCGACAUUUUCAAUUGUUCUUUCUCCGUUGCUUUUUCGGCUUUCAACUCAACAACCUUCCGACUCUCGCAACAACGGGAAAACAGCAAACUACAUUUUAAAAGGUUGGUAUUUUGUCUUCUAUACUCUCCAGCUAUGCGCUAAACAAGCCAGAACAAUUUCGUUCUUAUUCUUUUUCGUCACCAUCAUAGUGGAAAAAAGAUAAGCCCUCCAUUAAAAAAAAAAAAAAAAACAUAAAAAAAGAACAAAACGCAAAUGGAUUACAUAUUUAAGUUCAUUUGCCUGCCACACAAAAAAAAAAACUUAAAAUAUUUCGUGACUGCGUCAUUGCGUUUUUUAAAAUUUUCAUGCAUAAAAAAACUUAACCGGUGAUAUUCCUUCUGUCUCUCUUGUAUAUGACUUUAUAUUAUAUAAAGUCAUUUUUUUGUUUGUACUGUACAACAAACACACCAAGCCUUAAUUAAGCUCUCUCUCUCUCUUUCUCUCCUUAUCUGUCCCUAUCUCUCUUUGGUCCAUGUUAUUGCCGCCUUUAUAAUCUUUCUCUCCCUAUCACUACCUCUGAAACUCUUUUUUGACAUUUUCUUGUUCAAAAUAAUCCCAGGGCCUGACCGUACAUAUAUUAUAUAUUUUUUAAAAAUAAUUUACAUUUUCCCUCCCUCAAAUACUUGUUAUUUGCUUACCCGCAUUCAGUGAGAAAUUGUGCCGAGCCUCUCCCUACUCUCCUCUACCGCCUUCCACAUCCCGCCUGUGGUAAAAGAUGAUAUCCCGCAAAAAAAAGGUGCCAAUUAUUGAGUAUUCUAUCGUCUUGUAAACGCCGACAUUCGUUUAGGCGGGGUUGUAAACUCCCAACGUCCAGCGAUGUCCCGUCCGCCUCUUUUCCAUUUGAAAAUAUUAUUCAGAGCGUUCAUCAAUACGAAGCUCGCCACUUAUAUUCGCCAUGCCAUCAAGCCAUCAAACGGCGGAUUCUGCUGUCAAAAAUAACUUUUAACGGAACACAUUAAUGGGGAACAAAAAACAUUUUUUUUAUAUAAAAAAAAAUUGUGUGUGGUGUAAUAAUCUCUCCAUUUUUAAUCGUGUAAAAAUACCUUUUUUUUUGGUUUAACAAUCGGUGUGUUGAUUGGAUUCGAAAGGAAGAAAUACAUAUACUCAUUCCCGCUUGUAAAAUAAUAAAACCAACUCAUUUACAUUCAAUAAAAUUGAAAACAUUAAUACAACUACUGUUUUUUUAAAGUGGAAUCCUUUGUUUGUAUUUCCAUCCCGUUUCAUUUUGCAUACAAGCCAUAUGAAAAUAGCAAAGAAAAAAAAAAAACAUUUGAUAAAGGCACACAAUGCC